GCAGGUCUCGCACACAGCAGUCACUCCACUCUCUCUCUCAUCUGGAAGCUGGUCGUCGACUCCUCGCCGUACAACGUUCAGCUGCUAAACCCCACUGCUUCCUCUCACCUCCCUCCUCACAAAUCCCAGUCUGCUGUUGCUCUGCUGCUGCAGUGGUCAGGUUCUCAGGUGAUGGUCGCUUCCCGCUGGGCUAGAGGGAUGAUCUAAAUCAGCAGCACAGGAUGUGAAGCGUCGCAGGAAUUGUAAAACCAGGCUCGUCUGCAGCGAUGCUGCUGCUCCUGUUGGGCUUCCUCUGCUCCGUCAAUGCUGACACGCUGCUGUCAGCACCACUCAAUGUGACCAUCAGAGAAAUUGAAGUCAACUCUGCGGUGGUCACAUGGGAGAUCCUGGAGGGAGACCCAGUCAUUGGGUUCGCCAUAACCCAACAGAAAAAGGACGUACGCAUGUUGCGGUUCAUCCAGGAGGUGAACACCACCACGCGCUCCUGCGCAUUGUGGGAUCUUGAUGAGGACACCGAAUAUAUUGUUCACGUCCAGAGCAUCAGCAUGGGCGCUACCAGCCCCCCGAGCGAGCCUGUCUUUUUCAGAACCCCAAAAGAAUCCGAGAAGAUGGCGUCCAAGGGCCCAGAGGGGGUGACCAUGGAAGAGGUGGCUCAGCUGAGAGCAGGAGAACUCAUCAUUAUCGUGGUGGUGCUGGUCAUGUGGGCAGGGGUGAUCGCCCUGUUUUGCCGUCAGUAUGACAUCAUCAAGGACAAUGAACCCAACAACAACAAGGACAAAGCCAAGAACUCCUCCGAGUGUAGUACCCCUGAACACCCACAGGGAGGACUACUGCGCAGCAACGUCUGAAACGCCAUCAACACAUCAAGUUUUGCAAUAAUGAGCAUCUUGCAUCUCAGGAGAGACACUGAGACCAACAGAUAGCUUCUUGUAACCCACCGCUGUGAAGAACAGGCUCAUCACUUCAGGUUCCUGAUGGACCGAAUGAAGACGUCUUCAAGACAAGGCACACCCAGGUGACCAGAGGGAUGACUAAAAACUGACAAGUUUCGGGGGGGGGCGGCACUUGUUACAGCAUCAGAAGUCAUUACAGGCUCAUUUUGCCGUGGGAUGUGUCUGGUAAUUGGCCUGCGUGGGACUGAACCGUCGAGAGCUUCCACCACACGCAGGCACCUCAGACUGGAGUCAAUAAAGGACAGGGCUGUGCUCACCUCCGAAUCUGGACAGUGACUCUUUUCUUCUGCUGCUCAACACACCGAAAGGGGGCGUUUCUGCUUGACAAGAGCUUGUUUCAUUUUUCUGGCUUCUUUUCAUCACCGGUGCUAUUGAAUCCCUGGGGCGAUUCAUCAAACAUGAAUGACUUCUAUUUCAGGCACCGACAUGUGAUGGCGAAAAAGAAGAACAGCUGUUGGUUGUGCCGAAGUUCAGGAGUCAGGACGUGCACGAGAAAACACCAGUAUUUGUCAACUACAGUCAUUGUUACUCCUGUCUGUUUUCAUUACGUCUCCUUAAAUAAGCACAUCUGGUCAUUUGGUGCUCCUUAUUAAAGUGUCGACUACAAAACUAUGGCUACAGUCAAGCUACUACACGUCCGUUGAAAAUGUCGUCCCUGCAAGUAUUUUGGCUUCACAAGAAUAUAAGUGCACAUAUAUCAGCUGUAAAUGCAGAACUUAUCUUGUUUCAGUUGUUUCGCUCCUCUGAUUGGAAGGAGCUGCAAGUUUAUAAUUGCACAGUUACUCUGAGUAGGAUCAAUAAAUACUGCUUACGUCUGUCAUGUACCACUUGGUAUGUUUUGCCUGUCGAUGAUCCUAUAAUAUACACAGCCAACAACAGCUUUUUGUGUUAGAAAGAUGUUUAUUUUGAGAGUUUUGCUUUGACACGCCGGAGCAGUGGAUGUGUAGCUAUCUGAUGACAACUGCAGCGCCAGAAGAAAAACGAUCUUCAGGUGUGUCGAGAACCUUAAAUGAGUUUUACAUAACUUGCAACGUACAUUACAGAAUAAAAUAACCGCCACGACAGAUACUAGAUCGAUGCCUGCUCACCACUAAAUGAACAUCACUAAGAUCAAAUCGAUUCAUAGCAAGAUGAUUUCUAACUAAGCCUGAAAGAUUUGAAGUUCUACUGUGUGCAAAACGGAGACUUCAAGGUUAAAAGUAAUUAUAAAGAAAAAAAAAAAGCCUGUGUACUAAAAGAUGGCAAAGUCCCAUUUUAUGUGACAUCAAAACCUGUUGAAUGACCAACCCAUAAAAUGCUUUCUUACUCUUUGUGUAUAAUGUGUCUGAUGGUUUGGAAAAGAAAUAACAACUGAAGAUCAGUAGACAAAAAAGACCUAUGAAGAAAGUGAAACUCAGUUUUAAACAUGGUUGCAGCAAGUAUCCACAGUGAUGCUCGUAUGUAGUUCAUCACAAAACAUGUGUAUGUAUUCUUCACAUGGUCCAAAUGUGGAUUUCCUGGUGGAUCAGAAGAGAGUGUAACCCCUGACAACAAAAUUUGAAACCAGAUCAAGCGCUUUCAGGAUCACCCACGCAUGAGUGGGCUGGAAAAAUGAAAUGUAAUGUGUGUAUUGAUCAAUAAAUCUUUUCAAGCGUU